CACAGCUCCUAUUUUAACGGCGUCGUCCUUUUCAAUUUCGCCAAAGUGUAAACAGUAACGGUGACUCCAAUGCCAUGAUCAGGAGGAGCGAAGAGUGAUAAGUGAUGUUAGUGCCUUAAACCCCGAGAGAAUUUCCUUUUCUGGAAAAAUGGAGUGUGUUGCUGCUCGGAACUUCGCGGCAAUGACGGUUUCUUUUGGCUCAUCUUCAAGGGCGAGGAGAAAGCAGCUUUGGCGAAGACCAUCGUCGUUCUCUGCGGAUGGCUAUUGGUGCCGUUCACGUUGUCUGCGUGUGGAAGCCCGUUCUGGGAGUGAGAGUUUGGUGGCCGUUGAUCAGAAUUUCGCUGAUGAGGAAGAUUAUAUCAAGGCUGGUGGGUCUGAACUUGUUUUCGUCCAAAUGCAGCAGAACAAAUCUAUGGAUAAACAGUCCAAGCUUGUCGAUAAGUUAAAACCAAUCUCUAUUGGAGAUGAUAUUCUGGAUCUGGUAGUUACUGGUUGUGGUCCAGCUGGUCUUGCAUUGGCUGCAGAGUCUGCCAAGCUAGGGAUAAAAGUUGGACUUAUUGGUCCAGAUCUUCCUUUUACAAAUAAUUAUGGCGUGUGGGAAGAUGAAUUCAAAGGUCUUGGACUUGAAGGUUGUAUAGAGCAUGUUUGGCGGGAUACUAUUGUAUAUCUUGAUGAUAGGGAUCCCAUUUUGAUUGGACGUGCUUAUGGACGUGUCAGUCGACAUCUACUGCAUGAAGAGUUAUUGAAAAGGUGUGUCGAGUCAGGUGUCUCAUAUCUUAGCUCAAGAGUAGAAAGGAUUGUUGAAGCUAGCAAUGGUUGCAGUAAUGUCGUCUGUGAAGAUGAUAAUAUAGUGCCUUGCAGGCUUGUUACUGUUGCAUCAGGAGCAGCUUCAGGGAAAUUGUUACAGUAUGAGGUUGGGGGUCCAAAAGUGUCUGUCCAAACAGCUUACGGCGUGGAGGUUGAGGUGGAAAACAAUCCUUAUGAUCCAAACUUGAUGGUUUUCAUGGAUUACAGAGAUUACAUGAAGCAAAAUGUUCCAUGUCUAGAAGAAAACUAUCCAACAUUUCUUUACGUGAUGCCGAUGUCUCCUACAAGACUGUUUUUUGAGGAAACCUGCUUGGCCUCAAAAGAUGCCGUGCCUUUUGAGUUGCUGAAGAAAAAGCUCUUUUUGAGACUAAACACCAUGGGGAUUAGAAUCACAAAAAUUUAUGAAGAGGAGUGGUCGUACAUCCCAGUUGGUGGAUCUUUGCCAAAUACAGAGCAAAAGAACCUUGCAUUUGGUGCUGCUGCUAGCAUGGUUCAUCCGGCUACAGGAUACUCAGUGGUCAGAUCCUUGUCAGAGGCUCCAAAAUAUGCGUCAGUAAUUGCUACUAUCUUGAGAGGGGGUCAUGCACGGGACAUUCUUACUCGUGAAAGAAGUAACAAAAAUCUAUCCGCACAAGCUUGGGACGCUCUUUGGCCACUAGAAAGGAAACGGCAGAGGUCAUUCUUCCUCUUCGGAUUGGCACUAAUUCUGGAGCUGGACAUUGAGGGCAUUAGAACAUUCUUUCACACUUUCUUCCGCUUACCUGAUUGGAUGUGGCAAGGAUUUCUGGGUUCGACUCUCUCUUCAACAGAUCUAGCAUUGUUUGCAUUCUACAUGUUCAUCAUUGCACCAAAUAACUUGAGAAUGCUACUUGUCAAACACCUACUUUCAGAUCCCACUGGGGCAACCAUGAUAAGGACCUACUUAAUCUUAUAGGAUUUUUAUAUCCCUUCUCCUUCUCUUUUAUUAGCUCCUUUUAUAUGGUUAUUAGAUUAAACCAGCAACUCCAUUAGAGAUCAGUAGGCACUUCUGUAGAUAUGUCUAUAAUUUUAAGUUCAACGUACGUUCUGUAUUGAGCAGCAUAUGUGCAUCCAUCUGGUACUUUAGUUGCAACCAUUUUGGUGAUU